UAUUUUAUAAUUAAUAUUGACUCAAAAUGGAGAGUGAUGACGGAUACACAGGUCAGGAGGAAGACAAGGUCGAGCUCCGAUCGAGCUAUCGAGAAGCACUCAGUGUGAACAGCUCCUUUGCAAGAUCUGAGAUCACUGAGAGACAAAAGUCCUUCACACAUUCUUCUAGUGAAAUUACUUGGAAGUACGCAAAUUUUGAGGGAGGUACCCAAGAAGACAAUAUAGACUGCAAAGUCAAGAAAAAGUGGACUAUUAGCCGGAUUCUGGGUGAAGAUAAGGGAAUUAAUAUCAGGUCGCAGAUAGUCAAUCCUAAUAUUUCAUUCUCUAAUCAAGUGUUUGAGGUUACCUUCAAGGCUACAUUACAUGGGACUUCAAAUUUAUGGGUUUUCACUAGGUUCAAUGCUGACGAAAACAUCCUUGAAAAUAGCAAAUCACCUGUAGUAGUGAUAAACAAGCAAGAAUGUCUGUAUCAGUUGCCAUGCUCAAGAGUAAAAUGAAUGGUUGGGAAUAUUAAGAGUAAUAAAUAAGUUCCAGUACAUCAAGAGGCAAGACAUCUGCAAAAUCGGGAGAGAUGCUGCCAAGUCUAAGCCAAGCACAUCUCAAGAUAACCUUGCCUUCUCUGAAGAGCAUAUGCUUGAGGAUAGUCUGGAGAUCAAAUUUACAAUCAGAGAUUCUGGCGAUAUGGGAAUGGAGAUCAUCUUCUAUAAUAAUAAAGAUGAAGUCGCUUCUAGUCUGGUCUUUUACCAUACUAAUGAAUUCAAUACUGAAGGCCAGAUGCUGAUCGCAGGAAGUGGCAAUAGCGUAUAUAUCAAAGAUAUCAGGAUCAAGAGACGGGAGAAAAUACAAAUGGGUCAUGAUGUCGAUAAUAGGUCUUACGACUGAUGCAAUAUUUUCUAA